AUCCCUCAUUGAUUAUUAUCAAUUACAAUCAUUUGAUCCAUUUUACAUCUUGAAUUCACAUGAUCUUCAUCAUCACCUUGAUUAUCAAUGUGGGAACUUUGUCUUGACAAUGGCUGCAACGCUAUAGACGUUUUGGGGUGAUAAGGUGUCACUUUAUUCCCCUUUUCAUCAUAAACAAUGUCAUCAUCUUCUUCUUCAUCAGGAACUUUACAUUUCUCUCCCAAUAUUAUCGUCUUCUUCCAUAUCGAAUCCUCGUGCUUCAGCUUUUUCUCGCGCUUCUUCUCCUUCCCCGCGUCGCCCCCGACUCUCAUGCUCAUGCUCGACGUUAGUGUCGCCUUCUUGUGUGUCAUCGAGGCGUGCGAGCUUGACCUGAAAUGGUACGAUGCCGCCCGUUUUGCAGCAGGUGGCAUCGGCAGUCGAUGGAGGUCCUCCUCGGGGGCCUUUGGCGAGGCUUCGUCAGGGGCUCGGGGAGAAUUGGGAUUGGUUUCUCGGUCCUUGUUGUUUUCUGUCUCUACUUCUGUUGUCGUGGCAUUACAUUGUCUUCGUCGUUUCUCUUUCUUGCGGCUCAAGAAACCGCAGAGAACGGUGACAAUGGUGAUGGUGGUGGCAAUAGAGAAUAAAAGGAAAACUAAUAAUAAUAAUUUCAAGAAAAUCUGUGUGUUCUGCGGAAGCAACUCUGGCUACAGAAAGGUCUUCAGUGAUGCCGCCCUUGAGCUUGGCAAUGAAUUGGUAAAUAGGAAGAUAGACUUGGUGUAUGGUGGUGGAAGUGUAGGCCUAAUGGGGUUGAUUUCUAAAGCAGUCUAUGAUGGUGGCUGUCAUGUUCUUGGGGUGAUUCCACAAGCACUGGUUCCUGUUGAGAUAUCGGGAGAGAGCGUUGGAGAUGUGAAAAUUGUUGCGGAUAUGCACGAACGCAAAGCGGAAAUGGCUCGGGAGGCAGACGCUUUCGUCGCACUUCCAGGAGGAUAUGGAACAAUGGAAGAGUUGCUGGAAAUGAUUACAUGGGCACAGCUUGGAAUCCAUAAAAAACCGGUUGGGUUGUUAAAUGUGGAUGGAUAUUACAAUCCAUUGUUGGCAUUGUUUGACAAUGGAGUAGAGGAAGGUUUCAUUAAGGCUACUGCUCGCCACAUUGUCCUCUCUGCUCCCAAUGCUUCUGCCCUCUUAAACAACAUGGAGAAUUCAUCCUUUUUGUUUUAUGAAUUGGCAAAUUGUCAUGAAAAGUGAGUCACUUUUGUUUUCUUGAAUGACAAUAUUGCAGCAAUAUAGGCCUUCACAUGACCAUAUUGCCCCUCAUGAGAGCUGGCAGCACAAGGAGGGACUGGCUAUUCAAAGCAAUCAACUUGCUAAUUGAAUCAGAUAUGAUUGGGACCCAUUUUGUGUCACACAUGAGUGUGCACUAUUGUCUUUAUAUGAGUUUGGAAGUCAAUGAAUUAUUGUGGCAGUGGUUAGUAGAUUUUAGGGAGUUAUAUUUAAUUUAAUUGUCAUUAAUGCUUUUGAUCAUGCAAUCAACUGCUACUCCAUUCAAAAUGGGAGGAAUUUUUAUUUUUUUUAACAUUCAAAUCUUUAAUUUGUUGUGAUUUAAUCUAUGCAUAUCUACUUUGUUUUCAUUCUUAUCCCUUUCAUUAUUUAUAACCAGAAAUUAUAUAACAAAAGCUACCAGUAAUU